UCCUUUGGCUAUAUAUCUAAGAGUGGAAUUGCUGGGUCACAUAGUAAUUCUAUGUUUAACUUUUUUAAGAACCUUCAUGCAUUUUUGAAACCAUAUUCUUCCUGCAUAACACAUCCGUGUUGAAGGGAAAAAACAUUUACCUCCUAAGUGAAGCCUAAGAAAUUAUUCUUGCCUUGUGAUACUUAGUAACUUAAUACUUCUAUCACUGGACCUGUAACACCUUCUUGCAGGUAUGUGUUAACGUGCCUCGGAAACCAUAACUUCUUAUGAGCAUGGAUGGUGUUCUGGCACUCCAGGAAACUAAAACAGUUAUUGGGCACAAAGUGACUUCACAGUAAAUAUUUUUAGAAUGAAUUAUUAAAUAAAUUCAAUGUUAGGUAUUUCUACCUUGAUUUUUUUAUCUUUUCCCCACACUGUAAAUCACAAAACAAUGAAAUGAUAGGCUUGCUUUACAUUUUCAUAUGAAUGCUACAAAGGAACAGGGUAGGAACUAGUCCCAAGUAUCUAUUCAACUAGUUCCAAUCACAGUUCCAAUCCAUUGCAGGGAUCAGUGUCAUUCAAAGAUGUGACGGUAAACUUCACCCAGGAGGAGUGGCAGCACCUGGAUCCUGCUCAGAAGACUCUGUACAUGGAUGUGAUGUUGGAAAACUAUUGCCACCUUGUCUCUGUGGGGUGUCACAUGACCAAGCCCGAUGUGAUCCUCAAGUUGGAACGAGGAGAAGAGCCAUGGACAUCAUUUGCAGGUCGUGCCUACUUAGAAGAAAACUGGAAAGCUGAAGACUUCUUAAUGAAAUCCAAGGAACACCAAGAUACAUAUUCUAGAUCAGUUGUAUUCAUCAACCACAAAAAAGUGAUUAAGGAGAAAAGUAAUAUAUAUGAAAAGGCAUUUACUCUAGACAAAAACUCUGUUUCAAAAAAUCUAUCUUCUGAAUAUGGUACUCAUGGAACAAUUUUUAAAAAUGUUUCAGAAUUAAUCAUCAAUAAUUUAAGCCCUGCAAGAAAGACACUUGGUGAAUGUAAUGGAUAUGGGAAAUCAUUCCUCAAUACUAACCAAGAGACAGCUCAUCCUGGAGUCAAAUCCCAUAAUCCAAGUGGGAAGGCUCUCAGUCAUAAUGAAGUGCUUAUUCAGUAUCAGAAGAUGGAAACUCCAGCACAGCCACUUGGAUAUAAUGAACAUGAGAAGUCUUUCCUUAAAAAGGGAGGCUUAAUUACACAUAAUAGAGCUUACAGAGGGGGAAACCCAUCUGAAUAUAGUAAAAGGAGAAGAGCAACCAAUAUUGAAAAAAAGCAUACAUGCACUGAAUGUGGGAAAUCCUUCUGCAGGAAGUCAGUAUUGAUUCUGCAUCAGGGAAUUCACACAGAGGAAAAACCCUAUCAGUGUCAUCAUUGUGGAAAUGCAUUUAGAAGAAAGUCAUAUCUCAUCGAUCAUCAGAGAACUCAUACAGGAGAGAAACCCUUUGUUUGUAAUGAAUGUGGUAAGUCUUUCCGCUUAAAGACAGCCCUCACUGAUCAUCAGAGAACACAUACAGGGGAGAGAUCAUACGAAUGCUCAGAAUGUAGGAAUGCCUUCAGGUUGAAGUCACACCUCAUUCGUCAUCAGAGAACUCACACGGGAGAGAAACCAUAUGAAUGCAAUGAAUGUGGGAAGUCCUUCCGCCAGAAGACAACACUCUCUCUACAUCAGAGAAUUCAUACAGGGGAGAAGCCCUAUAUUUGUAAAGAAUGUGGGAAGUCUUUCCACCAGAAGGCAAACCUUACUGUACAUCAGAGAACUCAUACAGGGGAGAAGCCUUAUAUUUGUAAUGAAUGUGGGAAGUCCUUCUCCCAGAAGACAACCCUUGCUCUUCAUGAGAAAACUCAUAAUGAGGAGAAACCCUAUAUUUGUAAUGAAUGUGGGAAGUCCUUCCGUCAGAAGACAACCCUAGUAGCCCAUCAGAGAACCCAUACAGGGGAAAAAUCCUAUGAAUGUCCUCACUGUGGGAAGGCCUUUAGAAUGAAGUCAUACCUCAUUGAUCAUCACAGAACUCACACAGGAGAAAAACCAUAUGAAUGUAAUGAAUGUGGAAAAUCCUUCAGUCAGAAGACAAAUCUCAAUCUACAUCAGAGAAUUCAUACAGGGGAGAAACCCUAUAUUUGUAGUGAAUGUGGAAAGUCCUUUCGCCAGAAAGCAACCCUUACUGUGCAUCAGAAAAUACAUACCGGGCAGAAAUCCUAUGAAUGUUCUCAGUGCGGGAAAGCCUUUAGCAGGAAGUCAUAUCUCAUUCAUCAUCAAAGAACUCAUACAGGGGAGAAACCAUAUAAGUGUAAUGAAUGUGGGAAGUGUUUUCGCCAGAAGACAAAUCUCAUUGUACAUCAAAGAACUCAUACAGGGGAGAAACCCUAUAUUUGUAAUCAGUGUGGUAAAUCCUUCAGUUACAAGAGAAACCUCAUUGCUCAUCAGAGAACUCACAAGGGAGAAAACACAGAAGUGCAAUAAAUAAUGUGAUUCCUUGUGAAGACUUUCCAAAUCAUUAUAAACAUUUCAUUUAAAAAAAGCGUGCUUAAACAUGUUAAUAACAAUUUUAAUCACAAGUGUAAUAAUAGUCAUCAAUUAUCUGUUGUUUACUAGCAUACAAAAUGGGUAUAAUUACUGAAGUCUAUCAACAACCUAUUUUAAAAAUUUUUCGACUACUGAAUCAGUUUACUAAAAAUAUGUGUGUUUGUAUAUACAUGUAUGUGUAUAUGUGUAUACAUAUAUAUGUAUAUGUAUAUUUCAUAUGUGUGUAUGAAAUUCAAAGGUAUACACACACACAUGCAGAGGCAACAUACAAAAUAGUUACAAGCACCAGUCUUCAUAAGAGAGAGAAAAUAUGAACUAUAUUUCUUAUUGCACUCUGGAAUAAAAAGUAGUUAGCUCUUACUUCCCUAAAGAUAACCACUUCCCUGACUUAUAAUACCAUAAAGUAGUUUUUGCAUGUUUUAAAUCUUUAUAUUAUACAUCAUGAAUUCUUUGUGUCUUUCUUGUUUCACUCUUAUUUUUAAGAUUCAUAUAUUAUUGCAUAUGGCAGUAGUGUAUUUUCAUUCUGUAUACUAUUCCAUGUUAAGAAUACACUAUUCUGUUGAUGGACAUUUGUUAUUUUUUUAAAUUUUGUGUUAUAAUAAAAACACAUUGCUACAAGUACUCUUGUAUAUGUCCUUUGGUGUGUCUGUUUCUGUUGGUGUUAUACUUAAGAGUGCAA